GUUUGUCUCGUGUACUUCCGUGCACAGUGCCAUGCCAUGGUAGUGCUUAAUAAUGAGUAUUAAAUUCUACAAACAGAGGAAAUAUGAUGGAAGACUGUGAAAAACAAAGUCAUGGUCAAUCAUGUAGCGGAUGCAGAUCUCUUCGUUCAUUUUUUAUAUUCACCAUUCUUCUGUUCCUGUUCCUGUGCUACUACAUUGUCCCUAAUGAACUAUCAGGAUACUGGGCUGUAACAGUUGGAUUAUUUCUUCCUGAGAAAUUUACCAUUAAAAUGGUCAAUGAUUCUCUGAAUACAGUGCAAGCAGUGACUUCCGUGGAACCGUGGAAGCCUCCGGAGCCAUAUUGUGUGGCAUACCCACACAAGUAUAAUUUAGUUUUGAAUGAGCCAGAGAAGUGCCAGAAGGAAAACCCCUUUGUGGUAUUAAUGGUGCCAGUUGCUCCAAGCAAUACAGCUGCUCGAGACGCCAUCCGUUCUACCUGGGGAUCAGAGAGGUUAGUUGGGGACAAGACCGUGAGCGUAUUAUUUCUGUUGGGUCUCCCGACUUCAGAAGAAAGAGAAACGCUUCAACAAAAUUUGCUACAGGAAAGUGAGAAGUAUCAUGACCUUAUACAAAGUGAUUUCUGGGACACUUACUACAACCUAACCAUUAAGACAAUGGUAAUGCUAGAAUGGCUGACUGUUUACUGUCCGAAUGCCCUCUACGCAAUGAAAGUUGACUCUGAUGUGUUUCUCAAUGUGAAAACCUUAGUCAAUAUGCUUCUAUCUGCCCCAAAGCAGAACUAUAUGACUGGACUUGUGGCUAGGAAUGCAGUGGUACUGAGAAAUCCUGAUUCUAAAUGGUAUCUUCCAAAUACUGUUUACGAGCCACCUUUUUAUCCACCCUAUGCUCUGGGCUUGGCAUAUGUUUUUACCCGUGACCUGCCAGAGAAACUUGUUAAGGCAGCCCAACUUGUCAAACCGGUUUACAUAGAGGAUGUAUUUCUAGGUCUAUGUAUGACGCAUCUAGGAAUUGAUCUGACCAAUCCACCUGAUGGAAGCCUAUUCAAUGUCUUCCCUGUAGCAUACAACCGCUGCCGCUAUUCAAAACUCAUUGCCACAACGACACAAAGCUUGAGAGACCAAGUUGACUUUUGGAAGGAUUUACAGAGACCUGGUCCAUAUUGCUAAUAACAAAUAGUUAAAUCUGUGUAAUGGUCACAUGACUUACAUGUAACUUGCCUUACAUGUAAGCUUGCCUGUCUUUUUAUCCAUGGACAAUCAAAAACAGGCAAUAAAAAAACCCCGGCUAAUUAUGUCUUCGGGUUCACAGAGCACAAUUUCAGCCCUGACUGUUGCUUGGAAAUUGCAAAAAAUGUCCAAAAUAGGAGGUGCUCAUUCACGUAGUGUGUGUUAUGAAAGACUGUGUGUCGUUGUGUUAUCAUUGACCUGUCAGCAACAACAUUUCAAAGUCCUACAAUGUGAAAUGUGUUUUGACUUAAAAUGCAUCAGCGACGACCUACAGCCAAUGAGCUGGUCAAAGGGAAGUUCAGGGGAUGGAGUCAGUCAUAGAUGUGCAAAAACUUCCUUAAUUGUUUUUAUUUUCUAUUUAUAAUUUCAAAUCAGUGUACAGACAACUUGCUGCCAAAAUGAAUAAAUCCAUUCUUCUAUGAGAAUGUCUGUCUCUCAUGUGAGCUUAUCUUAUUUCCCAUAUCAAUUAUCGUGUGUGUUUCAUUGUGAGUUUGUUGAAAAGGCUGAGUUGUUGCCGAUUCUUCCUACUGAAAAGUUGUUCUGGCUGACAUCUGAUGCAUGUGGCACACAUAGCUGAAUAUUAUUAUCAGAACUAAUGUCAGUUUUGGUAAAAUAAAUAUCUGAUUAUAUUUUUGCCAGAAACACCUUUGGUAACACUUUAUUUUAUGGUGUGCAAUAGAGCAUGUUGCAAUAGUAAUAAUAAAUGAUGCACAAUUUCGUGAAACUAACUCUAAAGCAAACCUUCAUUCUAACUCUAAUCAUACAAUAAGUACAUGUGGUUAAUUAAUAUGACUUUGUACUUAAACGUAUAAUGUAUUACUGUAACAAGGAAACAAUAAAAUAAAUUGU